CAGGCAAACACGCAAAGUUAUAAAACUAACAUGGCCGUCUAACAAUGUCAGAUAUUCGCGAGUUUAUUGACAAAAUCGCGGUUAAAGUGUAGCGAAAUGGAUCACAAAAAGUCACCAAUUCGUCGAACAAAGCGUCAAUCUAAAGUGUUGGAAGACAAUUUCUGGGAUUGCAGUGUUUGCACAUAUAGAAAUACAGCCGAAGCUUUCAAGUGUUUAAUGUGUGACGUACGAAAAGGUACAUCAACGCGAAAACCGCGCCUAAAUUCUGCCCUGGUCGCACAACAAGCUGCCACACUUCCCGGAGCAUCUUCAGGUGUUGGACUACCCAAUGGCACUGGCCCCAAGCCCCCACCAGGCUCCACGUCCGCCAAAAUGUCCUCGCGAAAUAAGCACAAACACACGAAGAAGUUCGCUAGGCUGAAAAAUGUUGAUCGUUCAAGUGCACAAACACGCGAGGUCACCGUGAAUUCUGUGACUGUCGUGAUCACGGAAUACAAGCCCAAACCAAUUGUUAAUCGACGUGAGUCAAGUGACCAAAGUUUGAGUGAAAGUAAUGACUCGCGUAGCUAAGUUAAAAACUAUUUAAAAAAAAAGAACUAAUACAAUACUACAAAAAAUAUCAAGUUAAACCGUUGGGCUUAGAUGAUGCCCACCCAAAAAAAAUGAACUGGAAAAUAGGAAUGCGAGAAGAAUUAGAAAAUUUACCUACUUCCUAGUCCGCAGGAGUCUUCUAGUGCUGCUGAAAAAUCUUCCCCAUCAACAAGCAGCCAAAUCCAUUUGACUUUUGACAUACGCACGACAUGCUCAAUAGGAAGGAAACCCUUUAAGGAAAAGUUUAAAAAAAAAGAAUACUUAAUAAAAUCUAUAUGCAAAAAAAAGUUAAAUUGCAAAAAAAACAUGGUGUGAUAAUAAAUUUAAAAAAAAAGAUAAAGGAGUAAAAAGAGAUGUGAGAAAGAGAAAAGUAAGUUAAUUAUUUUGGAUAUAUAAAAAAAAAGAGAGAAUAUAGUAAGAAAUGCUAAAAAGUAA